ACAAACUUUCAACGCAAAAAUAUUUUAAACGGAAAUAAAAACACGUGGAGGUGAAUUUUGCGAUUAGUUUUUUUUUCACAAUAUUUUUUACGCAUUAUUAAGAAGAUUCAAUAGUUUAAUUUGCAGUUUUUAGUUGUUAAAUUUAUAUAUAUUGAUUUAUGGAGCCAGAAAGUGUGUUUUUGUCUUAUGUUAGAUAUACUUUCAAAAGAUGGGCAGGAUUUCAACAAGCAAUAAUGGAAGGAAUGGGUGGUGAUUAUGCUGAUGAGAAAGAAAUCUGGUUGGGAAAUGAAGUUGAAAAUUACUUUAAACGUUAUGAGAAUGUUCAACCAGAUGAGAUUGAAGAUUAUGUUGGUGCGAUGAUAGAAAAUGAAUUUAACACCUAUUUUGAAGAUGGCAGCUUACAGCAGGUGUCCCGAAACUUCUGUGCAGCUUAUCCAUUAUCUUUAACAAAUCCUGAUGCUGACAUAUUUCAAGAAAUGAGAAAUAAACCUGUAAUUAAACCAUCAUCUAAUGUAAAAUCUUCUCAAGACUCUUCGGAACCAACACAUCAGGAACAAAUGGAGCAGGCUACUUGUGAAAAAAUGGAGCAGCUUACAGUUUCUGAAAAUAAAGAAGAUGAUGGCUGGACAGUAGUAUCAAGGAAAAAUAAGAAUAAAUAGCAUUAAAAUGCUUUUUCAGAUAUAUUUAUUUAAUGCAUUGUGAAAAUCAUCUUCGCUUGCUGUGGAAUUAUUUAUAUAUAGAAAACUCUUUGUUCUUUAUGGGGAAGACAUUGUCACCAUUCUAUCCAAAGUGUCUUAUUUCAAAAGGCAUACAUAAAAGCUGCAAACUGUAACAUUCAGCUGUGUUACAUUUUGAUGUAAAAACUGAAAUGAAUAGUGAUGAAUUAUAUUUUAUGACUACUUUCACAUGCUAAAACAUGCAUGUGACUAAAUUUACAUGUAGUAAUUUUAAAGCAGAUGUAGCAUAUACAUCUUAUACAAGUGUUUUGCAUCAAUAAAAAAAUGUACAGUAAAUUGGUACAUUAACUGUCAAAAAUGUUUACAAUUAUGAUCGUUACAUCUUUCAAUUUUAAUUAUUUUGUAAAUAUUUCAUUUACUACUUGAUGUAUCAUUAUUUGUUCAUCCUUAUCUUUUAGUUUGCUUCUUGGAUAGUUGCAUCUAGUCAUUAUAAAUGUGAUUUUACAGUUUCAUCCAAAUAUUUUUUUCUGUGCAUGUGUGUUCAAUUUUAGGGUGAUGGAUAAUUUUUCAUCUGAAAACUAAACAAUAGGUGAACCUUAUUUCAUUUGAGGCCCUAUGUCGAAGUUGGUGAAGAUUUAUUCUUGACCUAUUUCACAUUUUUCAUAUACAUUAAUUUUUUAAAAAUUGCAAUUAUGUUUUACAAAGCAUCAAAGGCACUUUUAAAUUUCCAUAAGACAGCUUUUUUUAUUGCUGUGCAUAAUUUAGUAUAUUCAUAAAGAUAAAGUGGCUUGUUAAUAUCAGUUCUUAAAAUGUAUGAAGAUAAUAUAGUCACUUUUUUUUUAAACCCUACUCCAUUUUACCCUAAUAUGGAUAUCAAGUCUUACAUAAGCCAGUGGGAAGUAUUUACAAUUAUUAAGCAGUAAUUAAAAUGCAAACUAAAUUAAAGUGAUGUCUGCUCAACCCAUACUAGUAGAAGAAAAUAGGUGCUUUACACUAUUCAAACCACUUAAAAUUGAGAGUACUUGCUUAUAAAAUACCUCAUAAUAUGUAUAAUGAAUUGCAAACUGUUGCAAUAUGAUGAUUUUCGUUAAAGUUAUAAAAUACAGCAAAUCUAGAAUGUAAUAAGAUAAAAUAUUUUUUUUUAGUAUCUUAAAUCUAAGGUAUUCCUUUGUAUUCUUAAUAGUACCUUCUUGGUAUUCUUUUCAAGUUCUUUGGAUAUUUUGCUUAUUGUUAUCAAUCCAAAUAAUCAGUGAAGGCCUGUAUAAAAGCAUAUCCCUUGUUCAAUUCUAGUAUUGAGUUGCUGCAAAUAUUCUAUUAAGUGCUUUGAGGAUAAUUCUUGUCAUAAUUUUUAGUGAUAGUCACAAUAUCAUUAAAGAACCAAAAGUUUAAGAACCAAAUUAUUUUUUUAUUGCCAUAUGUAAACAUUCAAAUGCAGAAUGAAUUAACUCAGAAUAUAUCCUUAAGUGAUUAUCAUAAAAAAAUUGUACAGUACAUGAGGUAGUAAAAUGUAAAAAAUUUCUAAUAAUUUUGAACAAUAUAAAUUGCAAAUAUCAAAUAAAACCAUCCAGUAUAUGCUGACAAAGGCUAAUUUUCAAAUAAAGCAAAAUGAAGGCAGCCAGAUUAGUUUUGAAUUCAGAAUUUUUAGUGAUAUUCGAUAAGGCUCAAUCACAAUACUGAACAAUAUUGCUAAUAUGGCCACUUGGCAGUUUCAGCAUUAGAUUAGACUUUUAUAUAAGAAAAGAAAAGGGGAACAGGACUUCAUUACUUUGAAAAGAAUGCUAAGAAAAAUUUAUAGUAGCUUUCCUAUGGCUGAAAGAAUCUGAGUUUGAUUGUAUUUCAUUCUAUUUCAUUCUUAUUUAGAUGUCUUAAAUUAACUCCAUUUUUUUGUAUAAUUGAUUGAAUUAAAGAAAUGUAAUAUACUAUUGAAUCUGAAUGGAGUUUUCGUGCUUAUCAUAAUGUGUGUUGAAUUUUCACCAAACAUUUAAAAUUCUUACACAAAUCACAAGUGUCCUCUUAAAACUAUUUGUAGAGACAUAAGGCCACCAGUAGUCAUAUUAUUUGCAUGCUUUUUUCCCCCUUCAAAAUUCAGAAUUCUUUUUAUUUAAAUAUAUAUUUUACCCUAUUUUGAUGAGUUUAAAAAAAAAAAUGGAUUUCAAAUCUUUUGGCAGUUUGAAUUUUUAAUAGUUUUUAGGAAAGUUUUUAAUGU